CGACCAGCCCUCGUUCAGCCACAGCCCACGAGGCCACGACCUUCCACAUCGAGCCAGAGGACGCCCUCGUCCCGACGACCGACGCCCUCACCUCCGCGGCGCCGCCGUUCCUCACGGCCUCGCCGGUCGCCGGCCCGAGCCCAGGCCGCCUCCCCUUCCCGCCCGGCACCCCUGCCCCUCGGCUCCACCGCUCCCCCGCGCCGCUGCCCUGCCCUUGUCCCGAGCCGCGGCCGCCUGGCCCUGCCGCCCGCCCGCCCCUGCCUCCGCCCCCUCUGCCCUCCCUGCAAAGCCGAUGCCCCUCGCCGUCGGUGCCGCUCACCAGCCAGUCUCCGGCCAUCCGGCGGCAGCAUCGCAACAAGUGUGCAAAUCAAUUUAAGAAUUUUUGAAGAAUGAAGAGGGCCGGAGACAUUGUUUCUCUUUCUAAGAGAGAAGCUAUGAAGAUAGGGAAGAAGAAGAAGGCAAUGGAUAUGUAAGAUGUGGCCGAAGAGCAAGCCAGAGAACUUGUGUGUAUUUUUGGUUGUGAUUGAAGAGCAAACUCAAGAACCAACAGUGUCUAUGUCGAAUGUGACCAUAUAGUUGCUACUUUCAUGGCAAUGCAAAAGCGUAGGCGAGAAACAUAGUCUUUUCGAGCUUCUCAAGCUUAUGAGGCCGUGAAUCUCAUGGACGAGGGCCUCGCCGCUUCUGAACCCGGCCCAUCCGUCGCCAAGCGGGCUCGGUUUAUGGGGCCGCACGCAUCCAGUAGCUCAGGCGCUGACCCUGAGAUGGAGAUCCGAGCACUAGUCUCGAUGGCCAGCGGACUCUACCCGUUGGCACGGGCGGAGGCGCUCAGCGGCCUCGCUGCGGUCCUCGAGAAGGUGAAUGCCGGCGGCGGGGUUGUGGAGUGUUGCUACGCUUGCGCGGAGAAAUUGCUGAGGGACGAGGACGAGGGUAUCAGGUUGGCCGCUGUGCGAUUGGUUGGCCUUUGUGCGGAAAAGUUUGCCAUGAGAAAGGAGUUGGGUGGUGAUGGUGACCAAAUGGACCGGGUUUUCCUACAGCUUAGCUCCAUGGCUAGGGACAUGUGUACAGAAGUAAGAAUUGAAGCAUUCAACGCACUUGCCAAAAUGCAGAGAGUAUCUGAAGGUGUUUUGCUUCAGUCACUGUCUAAGAAGAUCAUAAAAACUGACACUGGGAGUGCCUCUAGCAUCAAAGGGAAAAAAUUACCACCUAAAUUAUCAUCCCCCUGUGCUGCUGGCAUAUUUGCACAUGGGGUUGAAGAUGAAUUUUAUCAGGUCCGAACAGUUGCAUGUAAAACGCGGGGAGCUCUUGCAAAGCUUUCAAACCAAUAUGCACAGAAGGCCUUGGACUUGUUGAUGGACAUGAUGAAUGAUGAUACAGAAGCAGUUAGACUGCAAACUUUGCAGACGCUGUUUGAUAUGGCAACAUAUGGAUGUUUGAGCAUGCAGGAGAAGCACAUGCACAUGUUCCUUGGCAUAUUGAUGGAUCCCAAUGUCGUAGUUCAAAAUGCAGCACGCAAGAUCCUAGGGUCAGUGAAUCUGCCUAAACUUCAAAUGUUUAAAUCUGCACUUGAUGGUCUCAUUGCAGGUCUGGAGAAAAAUCCAGAGGAUCAAGAUAUAUAUGGCGUUCUGUUUUCCAUUGGCAAGAAUCAUGGGAGCUUUUCAGCCAAUAUAGCCAAACAUUUAGCCAAAGAGUUCUUUCAAGUUCGGUAUAUACUAGAAAGGAGGUACUAUCUCAAUUCGGUAUUAAUGAAGUUAUGAUAACUUCGUAAUGGAACUAGUUUGGACAGACACAUCUUCCAAUCAAGGAGUCACGUUGUUUUUGACCUACAUGCUACAUUAAAGUAAGCAGAUUAUGCCUCAUUUUCACAUUAGCAUGGAAAUCAAUUCAUGUACAUUUAUUUAGCUUCAGAGGCACCAAUGGCAUUGCAAUCUGCAGGAAACUUUCUACGAAGAAACAAAUGUUAACCAUUGUUUGCAUCAAAACGAAACAUCCAUUUUGAUGGCUAAUUAUUAGUCUGCGAACAAUCCAUCAUGUUUUCAUCUAAGUAUCAAAGUGGCUUGCAUUUCUAACCUACCCCUCCCAGUCUCUCCUUUCACUCCCUUCUUCUUGACUUCUUCCACGUGAUCGGUGGCUCAGCGUCACAGCAGGGUGGGGGGUGAUAUCAAGCGUGGACAUGCAGAUUUCUCUGUGGAGUACAAAUAUCAUAAACCGAACACAAGGUGUGUGAAAAGAGUAUCUAUGGAUAUCUUAGUAUACUAUAAGAAUGGAGCAUUGGUAAAAAAAAAUCAAAUAAAUUACUGUAACUUGCUUGAUAUGGGCAAUCUAACUCAGUAAGCAAAUUUUGCAAAAUUCCAUGAAGUUCAACCAAGAUGUGUACCUAGUAGAUUCACAGAAAAAUGAGAAAUAGUUCUAUCAGAACAGAAGUUGCAUAUGUAUGCCACGUAAUCACUGAGUUUGUAGGGAAACUCCUUUGAAAAGUCAAAAUCACCAAUAGAGCAUCAUCUAUAAAUGGUAAUCUGUUAGUAGGGUGAUAAUGAUAGUGUCUGAGUCCACAGCAGAUAGAUACACUCCAGAUGAUCUCCUCUUUGUAGCCAAAUCAGUAAGAGCAACAAAUAGACUAUCCAUUCUUCCAUAUGCUAGCAUGCUUUUGUAAUUAAGACCAUAGAUCACAAAACCAUAUCUAUUAUGCAAUAAAAGCCUAAAGCAGAGCCUACUUGUAAGGAGAAACACACCGCUGCUUGCUCAUAGCCUCAUACACCUUUUGCACAUCAUAAUGGUUUGUCUGUCUAGAUAUCACAUUGCCUACAAUAUAUUAAAACAAUAGGCAGGGUUGUCAGUGAGGAACAUGCCUACAUUAUUCUGUGCUCAAACUGCCCCAAAUCAAUGUGAAGUGCGAGCCAAAUCAGAUGAACAGAGGAUGCAUCACAACACUACUAGUUUAGGGAUCUUACUGAUUCAAAGAAAUGCCGACAGCAGUUUGCAGAUUAACAUGAUGUGUCUUUCUCAACUGCAUUAUCAUUGAAUAAUUUCUGGCACACGUAAUUUCCUUUCUCUUUAGGGGUAUUAUGACCUGAGAUGGUGUGUUCAGUAUGUGAGGUACAGUCUCACUUCUCUUUAGAUCCAAUAGCAAAAAAGAACACCUAGCAGCAUGCCAUGCACACACACUUGGUUUGCAAAUAACUUUUAACAUAUUAAAAUCAGCUUUAUUUAAGUUCCUGCUUAUCCUCCUUAGGCCCAACUGUUUGAGGAAUGAGCAUAAGCAAACAAUUUGGUGAAAAGAAUUUGAAUAUUAAUUCCACUGACCAACCAUAUUUUCUCACUUUAGCCUUUUGUUAUUCUUAACAUACAAGGACUUCGGACUUGUUUUUAUGCGUAGGUAGAGUAAUAUCUUCAUUUGCUACAUUUAUAGUAACAUUUCUUUUGGAUUUCUUAUGAAGUUUUGUUAUAUCCCUUGAUGCUGUAUUAUCUAUGACAUAGAUCAAUAUGGCAUCUGAUGGAGAGCUGAUCUUGGAUAAACCUAGAAUCAAAGCAUUGUUAAUGGUUUCUGUCUUGGCUGCUUAUGAUGAUAAAGACAAAAAACUGGAUAUACCCGCAGUUAUAUUAUCACAUGCAAUUCCCCUAUUUGGGAUGAUCUCGUGUGCACUAGCCGAAGAUGAACAGGAUUCACUCUUAUCCUACUUGUAUCAUCAAGCUGGAAUGCAGUUUUGGGAAAAGAAGUUAGUGUCUGUAG